GUCAUCCGAUGUGAUAACAGGUUUUAUUAUCCUGAGUGUGAUAGAAAUGUUCCCACAUUAGGAGGCUGUCUCUACAGCUGAAGAGAAAACAUCACAGCUGGCAGAAUUAUGUGUUCAAUACAUACGCACACACGCACACACAGUUGACAUGAGCUCUUUCUCUCUCUGAACCUCAGGUUAACCCGGCAGACAUAAAGACGGGCUAUCUGUCAAUCAUUAUGGACCCGGGGGAGGUGCCUCUGGAUGAGCAGUGUGAAUACCUGCCCUACGACUCCUCGCAGUGGGAGAUCUCCAGAGACAGACUCCGACUGGGAAAGGUUUUAGGCCAUGGUGCCUUUGGGAAAGUAAUUGAGGCAUCAAUCUAUGGUAUCAGCAAGAGUAACAGUUUGGACACAGUGGCUGUCAAGAUGCUGAAAGAUGGAGCCACAGCCAGUGAGCACAAGGCCUUGAUGUCAGAGUUAAAGAUACUGAUUCAUAUUGGUAACCAUCUGAAUGUAGUGAACCUGUUAGGAGCCUGCACCAAAUCAAACGGCCCACUGAUGGUGAUAGUGGAAUACUGCAAAUAUGGGAAUCUGUCCAACUUCCUACGAGCCAAGAGAGAGUUUUUCCUCCCAUACAGGGAUCGCUCUCCUAAAACUCAGAGCCAGGUGAGACGGAUGAUCGAGGCGGGUCAAAUGGACCAAAGAGCACGCCACCCACCUUCUCCACCCUCCGCCCCUCUUACUGGUCCCCAGACUCCAUCAUCUAACAUGCCGAAUGAGAAACCUGCUGUGGAGAAAAUGGAGGACUUGUGGAAAACUCCUCUGACGAUAGAAGAUCUAAUUUGCUACAGUUUCCAGGUGGCUCGUGGGAUGGAGUUCCUGGCCUCCAGAAAG